AUUUUUUUUUUGCUUGGUUACGUCUUUUACAGUUACUUUCGUUGAUAUAGAGAUGUCAUACGAUAAUAGUAACCACUACUAUGACCCCAACCAACCGGCUGAGGGUCAUGGCGACGGCUACUACCAACAGCAGCCUUAUGAUGAUCAACAGCAACUCCAUCAAGCUGGCGCGGCCCAGGCUGGCCAAGAGUACUACGACCCUAACGUCCAGUACCAGCAACAGCCUUAUGACAUGGACGGCUACCAAGACCAAUAUGGUGGUCAACAACAGUUCCAUGGCGGUCAACAGCCAAACUACAACGCUGACCCAGAGGCGUUCUCGGACUUUUCUUAUGGUAACGGACAAACUCCAGGUACCCCUGGAUAUGACCAAUAUGGAACUCAAUACACUCCUUCUCAAAUGUCGUACGGUGGCCCACGUUCUUCGUCUGGUGCUUCCACCCCUCUUUACGGUGGCAACGUCAACUACGACCCUACACAAUUCCAAAUGUCUUCCAACUUGCCUUACCCAGCUUGGUCUGCUGACCCACAAGCUCCAGUCAAGGUUGAACACAUUGAAGAUAUCUUUAUUGACUUGACCAACAAGUUUGGUUUCCAAAGAGAUUCGAUGAGAAACAUUUUCGAUUACUUUAUGACUCUUUUGGAUUCCAGAUCUUCCAGAAUGUCGCCAGCUCAAGCUCUUUUGAGUUUGCAUGCCGACUACAUUGGAGGUACCAACGCUAACUACAAGAAGUGGUACUUUGCCUCCCAACAAGAUUUGGAUGAAUCCCUUGGAUUCGCCAACAUGAACUUGGGUAAGAUUGGUAGAAAGGCUAGAAAGGCUUCUAAGAAGUCCAAGAAGGCCAGAAAGGCAGUUGAAGAACAUGGCCAAGACAUGGACGCCUUGGCCUCCGAAUUGGACGGUGACUACUCCUUGGAAGCCGCUGAAAUCAGAUGGAAGGCCAAGAUGAACACUUUGACUCCAGAAGAAAGAGUUAGAGACAUUGCCUUGUACUUGCUUCUUUGGGGUGAAUCUAACCAGGUUAGAUUCACACCUGAAUGUUUGUGUUAUAUCUACAAGACCGCCUACGAUUACUUGUUGUCUCCACAAUGUCAACAAAGACAAGAACCAGUUCCUGAAGGUGACUACUUGAACCGUGUUGUGACUCCUAUUUACCGUUUCUUACGUUCCCAAGUUUAUGAAAUCUACGAUGGUAGAUUUGUCAAGCGUGAAAAGGACCAUAACAAGGUUAUUGGUUACGAUGAUGUCAAUCAAUUGUUUUGGUACCCAGAAGGUAUCUCUCGUAUCAUUUUUGAAGAUGGUUCUCGUCUUGUGGAUAUUCCAAUGGAAGAACGUUUCCUUCGUCUUGGUGAAGUCGAAUGGAAGAAUGUUUUCUUCAAGACUUAUAAGGAAACCCGUACUUGGUUACAUUUUGUCACCAAUUUCAACAGAAUUUGGGUCAUCCAUGGUACUUUCUACUGGAUGUACACUGCUUAUAACUCUCCUACUUUGUACACUAAAAACUACCUGCAAACGAUAAACAACCAACCAACUGCUUCUUCCCGUUGGGCUGCCGCUGCCAUUGGUGGUGUUUUGGCCUCUCUUAUUCAAAUUAUUGCCACCUUGUGUGAAUGGAUGUUCGUUCCUAGAGAAUGGGCUGGUGCUCAACAUUUGACUCGUCGUUUAAUGUUUUUGAUUUUGAUCUUUGUUGCUAACUUGGCCCCAGUUGUCUUCACUUUCUACUGGGCUGGUUUAACUUAUGUCUCUAAAGCGGCUCACGUCGUGUCUAUUGUUGGUUUCUUCAUUGCAGUUGCAACCUUGGUUUUCUUUGCCGUCAUGCCUUUGGGUGGUUUAUUCACCUCUUACAUGAACAAGAGAUCCAGAAGAUACUUAGCCCAACAAACUUUUACUGCUUCAUUUGCCAAGUUGAGAGGUUUGGAUAUGUGGAUGUCUUAUCUUUUAUGGCUUCUUGUUUUCUUUGCCAAAUUGAUCGAAUCCUACUUUUUCUUGACCUUGUCUUUAAGAGAUCCAAUUCGUAUCUUGUCCACCACAAACAUGAGAUGUACUGGUGAAGUUUGGUUUGGAAAUGCAAUCUGUCUCCACCAAGCAAAGAUUGUCUUGGCUCUUAUGUACCUUGUCGAUUUGCUUUUGUUUUUCUUGGAUACUUACAUGUGGUACAUUAUUUGUAACUGUAUCUUCUCGGUUGGUAGAUCUUUCUACUUGGGUAUUUCCAUUUUGACUCCAUGGAGAAACAUUUUCACCAGAUUACCAAAGAGAGUUUACUCUAAGAUUUUGGCUACCACUGAAAUGGAAAUUAAGUAUAAGCCAAAGGUUUUGAUUUCUCAAAUCUGGAACGCUAUUGUUAUUUCCAUGUACAGAGAACAUUUGUUAGCCAUUGAUCACGUUCAAAAGUUGUUGUACCAUCAAGUUCCAUCUGAAAUUGAAGGUAAGAGAACUUUACGUCCUCCUACUUUCUUCGUUUCUCAAGAUGAUAACAACUUUGACACAGAAUUCUUCCCUCGUGACUCUGAAGCUGAAAGAAGAAUUUCUUUCUUUGCCCAAUCUCUUGCCACUCCAAUCCUUGAACCAUUGCCAGUUGACAACAUGCCAACUUUCACUGUUUUCACUCCUCAUUACACUGAAAAGAUUCUUUUCUCCUUGAAGGAGAUUAUUAGAGAAGAAGAUCAAUUCUCCAGAGUUACUCUUUUGGAAUACUUGAAACAAUUACACCCUGUUGAAUGGGAAUGUUUUGUCAAGGAUACCAAGAUUUUAGCCGAAGAAACUGCUGCUUAUGAAAACGGUGACGAUCCUGAAAAGGCAGCUGAAGAUGGCCUUAAGGGUAAGAUCGAUGAUCUUCCAUUCUACUGUAUUGGUUUCAAGUCUGCUGCUCCAGAAUACACCUUGAGAACAAGAAUUUGGGCUUCCUUGCGUUCCCAAACCUUGUACCGUACUGUUUCUGGUUUCAUGAACUACGCCCGUGCUAUUAAGUUGUUAUACAGAGUUGAAAACCCUGAACUUGUCCAAUACUUUGGUGGUGACCCUGAAGGAUUAGAAUUAGCCUUGGAAAGAAUGGCUAGACGUAAGUUCCGUUUUGUUGUUUCUAUGCAAAGAUUGUCAAAGUUUAAGGAUGAGGAACUUGAAAAUGCUGAAUUUUUACUUCGUGCCUACCCAGAUUUACAAAUUGCUUACUUGGAUGAAGAACCUGCCUUGAAUGAAGACGAAGAAUCUCGUGUCUACUCUGCAUUGAUUGAUGGUCAUUGUGAGAUGUUAGAAAACGGAAGAAGACGUCCUAAGUUUAGAGUUCAAUUGUCCGGUAACCCAAUUUUGGGUGACGGUAAGUCUGAUAACCAAAAUCAAGCUCUUAUUUUCACCAGAGGUGAAUACCUCCAAUUGAUUGAUGCUAACCAAGAUAACUACUUGGAAGAAUGUUUGAAGAUUAGAUCUGUUUUGGCUGAGUUCGAAGAACUUAACGUUGAUCAUGUUAACCCAUACGCCCCUGAAUUGAAGUCUGAAAACGCUACUAGCUCUAACCCUGUUGCCAUCUUGGGUGCCAGAGAAUACAUUUUCUCUGAAAACUCUGGUGUUUUGGGUGACGUUGCUGCCGGUAAGGAACAAACUUUCGGUACUCUUUUCGCUAGAACUUUGGCUCAAAUUGGUGGUAAGUUGCAUUAUGGUCAUCCUGAUUUCUUGAAUGCUAUUUUCAUGACUACUAGAGGUGGUGUUUCCAAGGCCCAAAAGGGUUUGCACUUGAACGAAGAUAUUUACGCCGGUAUGACUGCUAUGUUGAGAGGUGGACGUAUUAAGCACUGUGAAUACUACCAGUGUGGUAAGGGUAGAGAUAUGGGUUUCGGUUCUAUUUUGAAUUUCACAACUAAGAUUGGUGCUGGUAUGGGUGAACAAAUGUUGUCCAGAGAAUACUACUACUUGUCUACUCAAUUGCCAUUGGAUCGUUUCCUUUCUUUCUACUAUGCCCAUCCAGGUUUCCAUAUUAACAACAUGUUUAUUCAAUUGUCUCUUCAAUGUUUCAUGUUGGUCUUGGCUAACUUGAACGCUUUGGCUCAUGAAUCUAUUAUUUGUGCUUACAACAGAAACUCCCCUAUUACAGAUGUCUUGUUCCCAUUCGGUUGUUACAACUUGUCUCCUGCUAUUGAUUGGAUUCGUCGUUAUACCUUGUCCAUUUUCAUUGUUUUCUUCAUUUCUUUCAUUCCAUUGUUUGUUCAAGAAUUAAUUGAAAGAGGUGUAUGGAAGGCUUGUCAACGUUUCAUUAGACAUUUCAUUUCAUUGUCCCCAAUGUUUGAAGUUUUCGUUGCUCAAAUUUAUUCUUCUUCAUUAUUUACCGAUUUAACCGUUGGUGGUGCCAGAUAUAUUGCUACUGGUAGAGGUUUUGCUACUUCUCGUAUUCCAUUUUCCAUUUUGUACUCAAGAUUCGCUGACUCUUCCAUCUACAUGGGUGCCAGAUGUAUGCUUAUCUUACUUUUCGGAUCUGUUGCUCAUUGGCAAGCUGCUUUGUUAUGGUUCUGGGCCUCUUUGUCUGCUUUGAUCUUCUCUCCAUUCUUGUUCAACCCACAUCAAUUCGCUUGGGAAGAUCACUUCAUAGAUUACAGAGAUUUCAUCAGAUGGUUGUCUCGUGGUAACACCAAGUGGCACAGAAACUCUUGGGCUGGUUACGUUCGUCUUUCUAGAUCUCGUAUUACCGGUUUCAAGCGUAAGUUGACUGGUGACAUUUCUGAAAAGGCUGCUGGUGACUCCACUAGAGCCCACAGAUCUAAUGUCUUCUUUGCUGAUUUCUUGCCAUGUUUGAUCUACACUGCUGGUCUCUUUGUUGCUUACACCUUUAUCAACGCUCAAACCGGUGUUUCUGAUAAUCCUCAAAAGGUUAACUCUGUUUUGAGACUUGUUAUUUGUUCCUUGGCUCCAGUUGCCAUCGACAUGGGUGUCUUGGCUUUCUGUCUUGCUCUCUCUUGUUGUGCUGGUCCAAUGUUGGGUAUGUGUUGUAAGAAGACUGGUGCCGUUGUUGCUGGUAUUGCUCACGGUAUCGCUGUCAUUGUCCACUUGAUCUUCUUCAUCGUUAUGUGGGUCUUACAAAGUUUUGUUUUCGGUAGAAUGUUGCUUGGUCUCAUUACUAUGAUUUACAUCCAACGUUUGUUGUUUAAGUUCUUGACCUUGUGUUUCCUUACCAGAGAAUUCAAGAAUGACAAGUCUAACACUGCCUUCUGGACCGGUAAAUGGUACGGAUCUGGUCUUGGAUGGAUGGCUUUGACUCAACCAUCUCGUGAAUUCUGUGCUAAGAUUAUUGAAAUGUCUGAAUUUGCUGGUGAUUUCAUCUUGGCUCACAUCAUUUUGUUCUGUCAAUUACCAAUCUUGUGUAUUCCAUUGAUUGAUAGAUGGCACUCCACCAUGUUGUUCUGGUUGAAGCCUUCUCGUUUGAUCAGACCACCUAUCUACUCCUUGAAGCAAGCUAGAUUAAGAAAGAGAAUGGUGAGAAAGUACUGUACUUUGUACUUUGCCGUUUUGGUCUUGUUUGUCAUUAUCAUCGCAGGUCCUGCUAUUGCCGCUAGUAAGGUGAAACAGACUCUUGCCGAUAAGUUGAACGGUGGUGGUAUUAUGGCUGGUUUGAUGCAACCAAUUGGUUUGUCUAACAACGAUACUGGUCCAAACAGACCAUCUUCUUACACUUCUACUUACUGGAGUUUCAAGCCAAGUCAUACUACUUCUUACUCUACUAAGGCUUAGUGACAUUUUCCCAAAGGAGAGGAAAAAAAAAGUAUCAAAAAUUCGGAAAUUUAUUGUACUGAUUAUUGUUUAUUUGAAUUUUAUGGAAAUAUAUAUAUAUAUACAUUGUAA